CAGUGGUGUUAGGAAUGAGUUUAAAACACAAAAACUUUCAAAGUUGUUUGAGAGGUUUACAUUAUGAAACUGUUUUUUUAGUUUUAGCUCCAAUUUUAUUUACGUAACGUUCGUUUAUUUUAAGUGAACAGCAGAUUCUCGGACUUAAUAAUUUGCAUACCAUUAAAAGUGUAUUUUAGACAGUGCGAAUGAUUUUUACUAUUAUGUGUUUACUUACCUACGCAUUUAAUAGUUCAUUACGAUUAGAAGCUCGGUCGUGCUUAUCAAAAAUGGAAAACGCAUAUUUAAGUCUGUCUGAUGUUUUACAAGUUCCAGCAGAAGGUUGAGCAUGCAAUCGGAUCAGUAUUUGAAAAAUAUGGUCGUUUUAUCGCCAGACAUCCUCUUAAGGUUAUUUUAGUGGUAGUCUUCAUUGAUGUGGGUUUGGGAUUUGGGCUUCUUCGCCUACAAACAGAAUCUGGAAUCGAACAGUACACUCCAACAGAUAGUACUGCUAGCAAAAAUAGAGACCAGAUUCGCAAUAUGUUCAACGUUAAUACCAGUGAAAACUUCUACCUACAAAGUCUGCCUGAUUUAGGAUAUUAUGCAUCUGUCAUCAUUGAACGAAAAGAUGGUGGAAAUGUUCUAGAUUUUUCUCUGUGGGGUGAUAUAUCUGAAAUUUAUUCCCUAGUUCAUAACAUAACAGCGUACGACACCUCCGCUGGGUCAUUCACAUACACCGACAUUUGUGCAAAAAGAUUUUCAGCCUGCGUCGUAGAAGGAGAUUUGAUUUUCAGCGCUGCAUUUUUAGGAGAUAUGACCUUAGGAUCGAUAACAUAUCCAACGUAUACCUACCUUGGACAAACAGUUUACAUCAACAGAAUCAUUGGUGGAGCUAAUGCUACAAACAACGUGACAAAUUAUGCGAAGGCGCUCAAGCUUACCUUUAACCUUGACAGUGAAAGAAGCAGUUUAUCAAGAAAUUGGGAACUAGCUUUCAUUGAAAAAAUUGUUACUUAUUCUAACAAUAUACUGAAAGUUAAAUAUGCAUAUUCAGACAGUCUCAAUGUGGAAUUGAGUAAAAACGUCACAGGAGAUAUUAUUUUUUUCUCCGUUACUUUUACACUUAUGAUUAUAUUUUCGAGUCUUGCAUUAAUGAGUAACAACUGUGUAGCCAACAGAUAUAACCUCAGUUUUGCUGGCAUAUUAGGUACUGGAAUGGCGAUUGUUGGAUCAUUUGGGCUUGUGAGUUUAUGCGGUGCAAAAUUUGUUGAUAUUGUGGGUGCAAUGCCGUUUUUGAUUCUAGGAAUUGGAGUAGAUGAUAUGUUCAUCCUUUUAUCUGGUCUUGCGGAUACAUCUGCCAAAGAUACGGUCGAGACACGUAUAGGUCAAACAAUGAGAACCAGUGGCAUAUCCAUAACAAUAACUUCCAUUACGGAUGUCAUUGCCUUCUGUGCUGGUGCUGCGUCUGUUUUUCCUAGCGUCAGAAAUUUCUCUUGGUAUACAGGAUGUGCCAUUCUUUUCUGUUAUCUGAAUUACGUUACCUAUUAUAUCGGAUGUAUGACAAUCAAUGAAAAACGUGUGUCUAACAAUCUUCAUUUCUGGACAUGUCUACCAACAAAGUCGAAAUCAGAAAUGGAAAAAGAUGGCAAACCAAAAUGUAAAAUAUUUUGCUGCGCCGGUGCACCUCACAAAUCUAGAGACGAAAUAGAAGGACCGAUUGAGAAAUAUCCCAAAGCAGUUGUAAAGCGAGUAGUUCUGUUCAAACCGACUCAAAUUGUCAUUUGUGUCUUCUUUGCUUUAUACCUUGGCAUUUCAAUUUGGGGUACCACGGAUUUUAAAGAAGGUUUAGAUAUAAGAGAUCUAGUAGGGUCUGGCUCUUAUUAUUACGACUUCUAUGAUACAGACCAAAAUUUGUUCAGUCAAAGUCUUAUUGUUUCCCUGAAUUUUGAAUCUGGUAUAGACUAUCGAAUAGAUUCUACAGUCAGCCAAAUCAAUUCAUUAGUAACAAAUGUACAAAAAGUUCAGCAAGUUUCAAAUGACUUUUUACUAUCCUGGAUACAUGCAUAUAGAUCGUCUGCUUUAUACAACAACUCCACUGCUGCUGCGUUUAUUGGUGGUCUCCAAUCUUUCCUGUCUUUGUCAACAGGUGAAGUUUUUGUCAAUGAUGUAAUAUUUGAUGCAUCAAAUACUAUAGUAGCUUCAAGAAUACAUAUCCUUACUGAAAGUAUAACAUCCUCAAGCAAACAGGCUGAUUUAAUGACAAAAAUAAGAGACUCAGUUGAUUCAUCUUCCCUUCCUGUGUUUGCAUAUGCACCCGGAUUUAUCUUUUUCGAGCAAUAUGUUCAAAUAUUCCCACAAACAAUCCAGACGCUUGCUAUUUGUGUAGGAGUUGUAUUUUUGGUGACGGCAAUUUUUAUGCCAUUGCCUUUAAUGAUACUUUUAGUAACGAUAACAGUUAUAAUGAUUAUGCUCGGUGUUAUUGGGUUCAUUCAGUUCUGGGGUUUAACCCUCAGUUCUGUUACCAUGAUAAAUAUUAUAAUGUGUGUUGGUUUCUGCAUUGAUUUUAGUACUCAUAUUUGCCAUGCAUUUGUUCAGGCAGAGGGCACGAGAAAUGUUCGUGUUUCCAAGGCUUUAGAUAUGGCAGGGGGUCCAAUUUUCAAUGGAGCAAUAUCGACAAUUAUCGGGGUCUUGAUGCUUGCAUUUUCAUCAUCCUUUAUAUUCUUUUCCUUUUUCAAAGUAAUGUUUUUGGUUAUGAUUUUCGGUUUGAUUCAUUCGGUCUUUCUUCUUCCCGUUAUUUUAGCAUACAUAGGUCCUCAGUAUAAGAAUUCCGAAAAUGAUACAUUUGAGGGGAAGGAAAUCACAUUUAACAAUAAAGCAUAUACGUCUAGACAAACAGGACCAGAACCACUUCCGGAUUAUCCAGGGUCAGAAUAAAAAUUACCUUGUGGAUACUUUGUGGUUUCAGAUCAUCCCGACUAGAAGACAAACCAAUAUUAUCUGGACUUUUACCACGCAGCAAUUUUAUCAUUUGUUUUCAGAAAGGCAAAAAUAACUUAUAUUUUAACACAGUACAUGUACAUUACUUCCUGUGUAUAUAAUAUAUAUAUAUGGUUGUUAUGUUAAAAUGUGAAUUGUCUCGGCAACAUUUACCAGUCGUCGUUGGGUUUACUGAGGUACUGACCACUGAUUUCAUCUACAUAACAUAAUAUAUUAGAAUGGUCCGCUAAUCCUUACUUUUUAAUGAGUAAAAAAAACAUUAUGAUAAAUAUGACAGAUAACAAUAAUACAAAGGUGUUUCAUAAAACAAUGACGCUGAAUUUACUGAAUAUAAAAAAAUUGAGAGUAAAAUUUGUUUUACAGAACAUUAUUUUUUUCAAUUAAAAUCACAAUCAAAUUGCCGUUCAUCUAUAUAUCAUUUCAUUGAUCUUGAACCUAUAUAUAAUAGAUAUAACUUCUGUUUACACCUGGCUUACACAAAAAACGAUGUGUUCUUGGUCUGAAAUUUAGCCAAAUAAUGUUAGUUCAGCAGAUUUGCAUUAACAAAUUCCUCAGCGGAUUCGAACCCCUGCUUUGUUGACAUCGAGGCACCACCGCCUGCAGUGUGUCCAGUGCCGAAUAUAUAUUAUAUAUACAUUUUGUUCUUCCCUCAGCGGGAUUCGAGCUUUUGCAGAUAUAACAUUAUUCGGCUAAUUUUGAAACGAGGUUAAUAUACAAAUAUGUUGUUAGCCCUGUAUAACCACAGGUUAUCCGAUGGAGAACGUCUGCCGUAAAGUUAUUACAGAGUUAGAUGUACAUAUAUAUAUAUAUAAAUAAAAAGGCUUUCUUCAGCAAUGUUCAGAAUUGUUUAUUUUUAUUAAAAUUAACUUCAAAAUAAACCCAAAUGUUAAAAGGGUGUCGCUUUUAUCCUGCGGGACUUCACCAAGACGUUAUUUAGGGUUUUUAUAGUAACACGAUUCUGUGCAAAAAAAUGUAAAAUGUAUCACAAUGUAUUUUAUUUCUGCAAUGUAAUAAAAUGUUAACAAUUAAAA